UCUCAGAGUCUUGUGCAUAGUAGGCCCUCAGCAUGUGUUUGUUGAGUGAACAGAUGAAUGAAUGAACGAUUGAACGGUGGCCUGUGCUCCUGUGGGGGAUGAAGCCAGAAUACUUCUUUUCUCACCUUUUUUCACCUGGCUCCUUUUAUCAGAUGUGUUAGGGUAUCACAUGGGACCCCCUGAUUUGAACCGUCUCUGAGUCCUGGAGAGAAGAAAGGCAGUGCUCCUUCCUGACAAACGCAAGGCUUCCGGGGCGUCCAGAAUUGCUCCUGGAACUUGGUCUUCUCUUUGGCCCCUAGAGAAGUGGCCCAGGCCUUCUGAUGGCCUGUCUCCCUGUCCAGACAAUUCUUGGCCAUGAACUUGUAGGUGUCCUGCUAUGCAAAGAGGGGAGAGAAACACCUUUGUCUUUAGCAAGGAGCGAAACAGCUUUGAUGUAAGUAGCAGGGGAUUUUCACCAGAGAAGCCCAGAUUGCACUAGCCAAAACAAAAUGAGUAGGACUGAAGAGAAGGGAGGAAGUGGCUGAGGUUGAGAAACUGGGGAGUUUCUUAUCCGUUCAGUCUCGUUUAUUAAUAGGAGACACACGACCAUGUCCUGGAGCCUGACCGCCCACCAGAAAAGACUACUCAAGUGAGUUGGACUUCUUCCACUGGAGUGAGAAUUGAAGGCUGGGAGACUCAGCCUCCAUCAUGUGGAACACCUCCGAAGCCAACUUCUCCUGCUACCAUGAGUCCGUACUGGGCUAUCGUUAUGUUGCAGUUAGCUGGGGGGUGGUGGUAGCUGUCACAGGCACCGUGGGCAACGUCCUCACCCUGCUGGCCUUGGCCAUCCAGCCCAAGCUCCGCACCCGCUUCAACCUGCUCAUCGCCAACCUCACAGUGGCCGAUCUGUUGUACUGCACCCUUCUCCAGCCCUUCUCUGUGGACACCUACCUCCACCUGCACUGGCGCACCGGCGCCACCUUCUGCAGGGUCUUUGGACUCCUCCUCUUUGCAUCCAACUCCGUCUCCAUCCUGACCCUCUGCCUUAUUGCCCUGGCACGCUACCUCCUCACUGCCCACCCUAAGCUCUUUCCCCGAGUUUUCAGUGCCAAGGGGAUGGUGCUGGCACUGGUGAGUACCUGGGUGGUAGGCGUGGCCAGCUUCGCCCCUCUCUGGCGUAUCUAUAUCCUGGUGCCUGUAGUCUGCACCUGCAGCUUUGACCGCAUCCGAGGCCGGCCCUACACCACCAUCCUCAUGGGCAUCUACUUUGUGCUGGGGCUCAGCAGCGUCGGCAUCUUCUACUGGCUCAUCCACCGGCAAGUGAAGCGAGCAGCACGGGCGCUGGAUCAGUAUAAGCAGUCAAGUAUCCGCUCCAACCAUGUGGCUGGGACAGAUGAGGCCACACCUGGUCGUUUCCAGGAGCUGGACAGCGGGCGGGCAUCAGGAAGGCCCAGCGAGGGGAUUUCAUCUGAGCCGGUCAGUGCUGCCACCACCCAGACCCUGGAAGGGGACUCAUCAGAGGUGGAGGACCAUCCCAGCAGGGAGGUAGGUCAGCAGGUGGCAGAGAAAAGCCACCCAGAAGCCCCUGCCAAGAGCAGGCCGACCAAAAGAGCCCAAAGAACUCAGGACUCUCCGUCAGAGUUUGGGAAGGUGACCCGGAUGUGUUUCGCUGUGUUCCUCUGCUUCGCUCUGAGCUACAUCCCCUUCUUGCUGCUCAACAUCCUGGAUGCCAGGGUCCGCGCUCCUCGGGUUGUCCACAUGCUCGCUGCCAACCUCACCUGGCUCAACGGUUGCAUCAACCCUGUGCUCUAUGCAGCCAUGAACCGUCAGUUCCGCCAAGCCUACGGCUCCAUCCUAAGACGAGGGCCCCAGAGUUUCCGUAGGCUCCGUUAGAACUGUGUUCCCCAGUCACCAGGAUCCAGCACUGUCUCCUCCAGAACAGAGCUAAAGUGGCCAGCUGGUAGGGGAGCAGACGAAAGGAAAGCCUGUGGGCAUUUUCACAGACAACUUCCCCCAUCCCCAAACCAGGCUUCUCCAUCCCUUGAUCGAUGCUUCAGCUCGAGGCUGCCCAAGAUGCAUUAUUAAUUAUUAAUAAAUGAAUUCUAUCCUU